GAGUCCGGAUAGAGAGAGAAUCCUUUAGGAGACUCUGAAAAAAGAAACCAACACUGUUCCUACCAAUUCUGACUCUGAUCCAUCUUCUUUUUUAAUUUUCUGAUCUGAUUUUAUUACAAAAGUUCUGUGAAUUUUGUUUUAGACAUUUUCUUUCUUUUGAUUUCGUUACAUGUUUCAGCUACAUUAGAUAGAUCUUGUUUCUCUCUCAAAUCUGCCUUUGCCCAAGUUUUUCCACCAAGGCUUUGGUUUUUCCCUCUGAAAUCCUCCCCCUGUUGAAACCCAGUCCAUUUUCCUCUUCUUUCUUGUUUAUUUGUGGUUUUGGGAAGGGGGUUGUUCCAAAUUUUUUAUCUUUCCUUUCAGAUCCUUGGUAAGUUAUGGCUCCUGAGUAUGAUAUGAAGGUUUGAUGAGCUUUUAAUUGGAGGCCAUAUGCGCAUGAUCGUGGGAGUGUAAUCUAUCAGAAAGUGUUCAAGGAGACAGAUACAUAAGCAUUCUGGUUUUGCUAUCUGUUUGAAAAAUGUCAUUCCGUAGCAUUGUUCGUGAUGUGCGGGAUAGUUUCGGGAGCUUGUCUAGGCGUAGUUUUGAUGUUAGGCUGAUUGGCCAUCACAGAGGAAAAUCUCAGAGUUCUUUACAGGAUUUGCAUGAUGAGCCUGUUAUUAUUCAGGACAGUUGUUGGGCUAAUCUUCCUCCUGAGUUACUCUGUGAUGUAAUCAGAAGGUUGGAAGAGAGUGAGAGUACUUGGCCUGCCCGAAAGCAUGUUGUUGCAUGUGCUGCUGUUUGCCGAUCUUGGAGAGCUAUCUGCAAAGAAAUUGUUAAGAGCCCUGAGUUCUGUGGAAAGCUAACUUUCCCAGUGUCUCUGAAGCAGCCUGGACCACGUGAUGAAAUUAUUCAGUGUUUCAUCAAAAGGGAUAAAUCUAAAUUAACUUAUCACCUCUUUCUCUGUCUUAGCUCUGCAUUGCUAGUUGAAAAUGGGAAAUUUCUUCUUUCUGCAAAAAGGACCCGAAGAACUACUUCAACAGAGUAUAUCAUCUCUAUGCAUGCUGACAACAUUUCAAGAUCAAGCAACACUUACAUUGGUAAGCUGAGAUCAAACUUCCUUGGCACAAAAUUCAUAAUAUAUGACACGCAGCCAGCUUAUACCUCUGCCCAUAUUCCCCCACCUGGACGAACAAGCAAGAGAUUUAAUUCCAAAAGGGUUUCACCUAAAGUCCCUACUGGCAGUUAUAACAUAGCUCAGAUUACUUAUGAGCUCAAUGUUCUUGGCACACGGGGCCCAAGAAGGAUGCAUUGCAUCAUGCACUCUAUCCCAGCCUCUGCACUGGAUGCUGGUGGCAUUGUACCUGGCCAACCUGAGCUUCUUCGGCAUCCUUUAGAGGACUCAUUCAGGAGCAUCUCCUUUUCAAAGUCCCUUGAUCACUCUCUGGAGUUCAGUAGCUCGCGAUUUUCAGAAAUUGGUGUUUCUCUUGGUGAUGAUGAAGAUGAUGGUAAAGCCAAGCCCCUGAUCCUCAAAAACAAGCCACCAAGAUGGCAUGAACAAUUACAAUGUUGGUGCCUGAAUUUCCGUGGACGAGUAACUGUUGCUUCAGUAAAGAACUUUCAGUUGAUUGCUGCUACCCAGCCACCUGCUGGUGCACCCACUCCGUCACAGCCGGCCCCAGCUGAAUAUGAUAAGAUAAUCCUGCAGUUCGGCAAGGUUGGCAAAGAUAUGUUCACCAUGGAUUACCGUUAUCCUCUAUCUGCAUUUCAGGCUUUUGCUAUUUGCCUGAGCAGCUUUGACACAAAAUUGGCUUGUGAAUAGAAGCAAAAUGCAUAAAAAGAUGAAUGACAAUCUUGACUUUGACAUUUAUUUUCCUUUUCAUUUCCACAUCUCAUCAAGAACCUUCAUUGUUAAGUUAGCAAAUUGUUAGUUCUUUGAUGAUGUUGUAAACCUAAUUGUGGCCCUUAUGACGGGCUCACAUCAUUGUAAAACUCAAAUCCAUGUCAUCUUUCUUUUCAAUUCAUGAUUAUCAAACUCUCAUUUUAUAUUUGUUCAAUUAACAUUUCUGCGUUUA